AUGGGGCUUCAAUUUCAAAGAAGCGACAACCGACCAUCCGUUGAUCCUUUGCAGUUCAACAAUCACUCAGCCUUGGGCGCACUCUGGGAUCUCAAGACAAGCUCUGUCGUCAAACCCCUCAACGUACCUUCUACGGAAGUCCGAAGCGGCGCGCUUCUGAGCAAUGGUACCAUGGUUAGCGUCGGAGGUGAUUCUGGAGCCGGGGUUGUCAACGCGGAUAAUCAAGCGAUUCGUAUCUUCGAGCCAUGCUUGUCACCCACUGGCGAAGACUGCACCUUGUUCGAGAACUUGGAAACACAUCAUCUCUUCGAGCGGCGCUGGUACGCGUCAUCCAUUCGGAUUUUCGACGGAAGCCUUAUGAUCGUCGGAGGCACACAUGUCACCACGCCUUUCUACAAUGUCGACCCAGUGAACUCCUUCGAGUUCUUCCCAAAGAAAGAGGGCGCGCCCAGGCCGUCGCCUUUCCUUGAGCGCAGCCUUCCUGCCAAUUUAUUCCCGAGGAUAUUCGCACUACCCGACGGCCGCGUAUUCAUGGUAGCAAAUAACCAGUCGAUUAUAUAUGAUAUCGAAGCCAAUACCGAAACUAUCCUCCCUGAUAUACCCAACAGUGUCUGCGUCACCAACCCCAUUGAUGGCUCAGCUAUCCUCCUGCCUCUGUCUCCGCCGGACUUCAUUCCCGAAGUCCUUGUUUGCGGCGGAACUGCGACCGACACCAUUGACUCUGAGCGCCCGUCCACACAAACACCUGCCUUAACCCAAUGCUCAUGGAUCAAGCUCACAGAGGAGGGCAUCAUGGCGGGGUGGCAGGUCGAGCAAAUGCUGGAGGGCCGAACGAUGCCCGAACUGCUACACCUACCCAACGGCCAAAUCCUCAUAACUAACGGUGGAAGCACGGGGGCCGACAACACUGUCUUGAUGCCUUUGUACACACCGUCACUUCCACUCGGACGUCGGAUCAGCAACAAAGGCAUGCCUACGACGAACAUCCCGCGCAUGUAUCAUUCCAGUAUCACACUGACGCCGCAGGGCAACUUCCUGAUCGCAGGGAGCAGUCCCAACGGGAGUGCGACGAUGACGGGGGUGAAAUUCCCUAGCGAGUUCAGGGUGGAGACGUUGGAUCCGCCGUUCAUGAAUGCGGAGAGGCCGAAGUUGGUGAGCGUCCCGAAGAAGUUGGCGUUCGGACAGAAAGUUAGCGUUCCAAUCUCCAUUCCGCGAGGGCUGCGUACGCAGGAUAUCAAGGUUUCCCUCAUGGAUCUCGGAUUCUCUACUCAUGCCUUCCACGCUGGUGCCCGCUUGGUAUUCAUGGACGCUACCAUCUCUCCUGUUGCGGCUCCGAUUCCGUUCCAUGCCGGCGUCCCCCUCCACAAGCUUCCUUCCUCUCUCACCAACAUUUGA